UGAGGACAUUUGGGCAAAUUGCGAACGAAAAGCGCUAGGGGUUCGGAGAAAACAGCACGAUCAAUGACAAUCAGCACCAGCAGCAGAAAGGAGAAAUGUUGGCCCAUUUUGAGAGAGGCAGUUCUGAUGUGGAUUGGUGCGAGUCAAACUACGCACACGUGUCUUUCAUAGCAGAAUUCUACAACACAGUAAGUAAUUAAGGCGGAAGCGCCCGCUCUUUAGAGCGUGUCAUUAGUGAUAGGGAAUGUACACUUGAACCAGAGAAAAACAUCCAUAAGAGAAAUGUGCCCCUAUUUCAGUGUUUUACGUAAGGAGUUGUUGGUCUGUAUUCAAAGAAAUUAUAAUUCAAGGGACUGAUAAAUUCUAUUAUAUUAUUGUUGUGUUUUAUAACGCAGAUAAGCAACGUCAUUUUUCUUGUUUUUCCUCCAUUUUUCAUGUAAGUAUACCUUUCGUUGUUCUUAACUUUUUGUUCAUACUAGCUAUAACUGCCUUUAGUUUGAUGUACUUGUCGUUUCAAUAAAACUGUCAACAAAACGGGUCCAGUUCUUUAAAUUUCACUGAAUGCGCCUUAGUUCGGUAUGUGUACUUUUUGCUUAUGUUUGCGAAACCGGUCGGAUUGUAUUUAACCACAGGAAUUCAAUGUAGCGAUAUUGUAGCCCAGCACACAAAGUCGAGUAAAUUAGAAUACUUUUCCAAAGCCAAUGCUCUAUCAAGCUUACUAAGUAAACGAAAACUUAUUUAAAAGAAAACAAAAUGCACAUCAGUUUUUAGCAGGUACUUAAAAGACACCUGUAGCUUGGGAUAUUUACAUAAUACCUUUUAAGUUAAAGUGAAACAAAGGAGAAAAAAUUAUCUAACAGUAAUAGUAUGGCUCUUAGUCUGAUAGAAAAUGCGUUUUACACAUGCGGACGAUUGUAAGAACGUGCCAUUAACGAACUCACGUUACGCACCAUAGAGCACUUACUUCGGGAGUCUUUGAAGAGCAGGUGGCGGAAUGAAUUAUUUAGCGUGGUAAUUCUGCUUUUAUCAUACUAACAAAACGACAGAGUUAUUUAUACUGUCUCGACAUGAAUAAAAAUUAUAGACUUCUGGUGAUAAAACCGACACAAAAAACCGUUUCGUAAAAUCACUUACCGUAAAAGAUUAAUUUGGGUACCAUUUGUCUUUACAAUUCCAGCAGUUCAACUCAUUCAACCGUUCAGAGGUUUAUUUUUCUUUAGACUACGAGUAGUCCCCCAUUUUUUCUCAGGGAUGGUAGAGCGAACGAAACUCGCCUUUUCUCGCGUGGGGUGAUUUUCACGCGCGCUCGCGUUUCGCUCGCUCUACUAUCCCUGAGGAAAACUGGGGGACUACUCGUAGUCUAAUUUUUCUUAGAGAACGACUUCAAACCAAGGAUGAUUUAUAUUUUUUAGACAUACUAUUUUCUAACUGAUCUGUAUGAGCACCUAGAUGUUAACGCAUUUUUUAACGAAGAACUUUACUAUAUCGUAUGAGGUAAGGAACGUCCUGCAAAAACACCUGCAUAUUUUUCUUUUUCGACGACGAAGACCUAUAAAUGGGCACGCGCUGAAUGUCUGUUGUACAAGGCAGACAAUUUAGUCUCAGCUUUAGCCUAGCUACACAAAGUGGGCGAUAACUAACAAAGAAAAAAUAAAAUACAAAGAUAAAGAGGUCGAGGUUAGUUUCUCCAAUUUUCGCGGCAGCCAGAUGGUUAUCCCAGUUUCACAAAAAAAAUUUAAAUUUGUUGGAAGAGCUCUACACUAAUGACGUCACAAAUUUCUGGUCCCUGCUGUGAUUCAGACAUUGAACCUGACGGGUUUAAGAGUUUUGUAUGGGAAAGUCACGUUCGCCAACAAAGUUUCGUCGUCUUUGAAGAUUUUUAUCGUCAAAAGAAACAAUAAAAAUCAGGCUUGGUUUCGAUAACAUAUAUCCUGAAAAUAAUCAACGUGUCCUAAGACAACGUUACACAUGGAAAAAACGGUACAGGUGAGUGAUUUUAUUUGCGUGGACCAGUUUUUGCUCCCUAGCUCAGAAGACAUUUUAAAAACGCUCAUUGCGAAUUUUAUGAACAAUUUUCAUGUCAGAAACGCAUGUUGCUAAUACAAGGCCUUUGAGUAGAAUGCAGGCAAAGUUUGUCUGAGUCACGCGGAGGGUGUAAGGUGACAAAACCUAUUUUUAGUAUAAUAGUGCAAAGCGCUAUUGAACAUGGCCAAUGACGGAUGUUGCAUUGCAGAAAAGGGUUCUUAAGAUAUGUGACCACCAUUAAGUUAGCGCUAAUUCGGCUACAUUUAUAAAUAUGCAACUUCACAUGGCACAAAGUACUGAGAACGACAACCACAUCAGUGCGCUGUUCAAAAAGCAUGAUCGCGUUGUAUGAAACUAACUUCACGAGCCUUACUAUCUCAGAAUAUGCAAUGUAUGUACUGUAAAUACUUAAUUAGCGCCUAGCUUCUAACAAGUUCCCACUUCGCCGAACCGGCGACUCCUUUAAAUCUGGAAAACUAUGACGUCGCGUUUCUAAUUAGUACUGUCCCUCCACCUCAAGAAAUAGACGAACUCUACUAACAAAGCGGUCAAAACAGUACAGACGUUCUUUAGAGACUAUUAAAGGGUGGAAUUGUUAACCCUUACUUUUCAAAUGAAAGUGACUUUCAGAGCAACUUUAACCUCGUUCCCAGGGCCCUUUGCCACUCGUCCUCUUUCUCACCCCGAGGGACGAGUAGGAGAGAACCAUGGGAACACAGUUGUUUGAUGGUUUGAUAAACGGGUGUUUAGCCUGCGUAGCAAGCGUUUCCGUUUGGUUUCGGAGCAAUGAAAGACCGAGUAAAGGGAUUCUCGGGUUUGGCCGCGCGAGAAAUGAAACAAGAGCCAAAAAGUGCAAUUUUUCGCGCGAUCUUUGACUCUCGUUCCUCGUUCUUUCCUCCUAAACCGCACGGAAACGCUUGCUACGCAGGCUAACGGGUGUUAUAAAAGUCAAGGUAACUGAAGCUCCGUGCAAACAGACGCAACGUUGUUGGCCAACAACUCCCAACAUUGUAGGAUAUUAAAUGUUGAGUACGUUUGAACACCCUGUUGCAUAUUGUUGGGAGUGUAGUUGCGCAAAGUUUUAAAUCGGUCAAACGUCUGAACCAACGACUCCCAACAUUUCUUUAGUGCGAUCGGAUCGCCGAAGCGUGGCGCAACAAUGUUGGAUCCGUUUGCACAGCUCUCCCAACAUUAUUGGGGCCACGCACGCACAUUUCACAUGGUUUACAAAAAUUAUGGGUUGUAUUCUUCCCACGAUGCACUGCAGGUCCCAACUUGCAUCUGUUUGCACACCUCCACCAACACAGAAGAAACAACUCCCAACAUUGUUUGCCCAUUAAUGUUGGGAGUUGUUUUGUGAUUGUUUUGACUGCCGUCUAUUUAAAUUUUCUUGUGUUAAUUGUAGGUACCUGUUUCGUCCCUAUUCUAAGCACGUCUGCUCCGGCGUUAAUGUUAUCUGGGCACUCUUUGUCGUGAUUGGAAUCAGUUCCGCGUAUUUCCACGCCACUCUCAGCCUGGUAGGGCAGCUUUUGGAUGAACUCGCAAUCUUGUGGGGUGUAAUGUUGGCGUUUGCUUUGUGGACACCGAAGUGGAUGUUAACUUUAGGACCCAUUGUUGUAGACAGGUAUGGGCCAAAAUAUAAGUUGAAGUAUAGCUGUUUCUCCAGCUGUUUAUUCAAUUUCACGCCUCACGCAGUUCAGACUUCCGAGGCAUACUUCAUUAUGAGGAAUACGUACAAAAAAAAAAAAACAACCAAAGCCAGCAACUAAAACAAAACCUCUCUGAAUCUGGAAGUAAUAAAGAUUUUCCCAGACGUAAUGAACACGACUUGAAAAAUUAAAGAUUAAAAAAUGAAAUUAAAUAAAUCAAAAAAAUCAAACUUUUCCAACGCAGUUUUGACUGGAAAGCAUCACUUUUGUUUUUCAGUGAUUGUCAUCAUUACCGGCAUAUAGUCGUUAGUGCCAUUGAAAAAUAACCAUGGGUUUAUCUUGUCCAUACAGGGAAAAGUUUCAAUGUGCUAUCUUUGCACUGUCGCUGAUUUUUACUUGGCUAGGAUUUCUUUAUCCUGUCGCUAACGCAUUUGUACUGCUGACGUUUGGAGCCCCCUUUGUGAUCAUGUUAUUUGCUGAAUUAAAAAGGUAAUAUGACUGCAAUAGGAACUGAAAAUCACGACACGACUCAGUAUAAUAGGUUAACGAGUCGGGUAUCUUCACUGUACAUGAAAAGCUCGUAAAAGUUACAUGCAACCUCUGCGAUACCAACUUCAGCCCUCAAGUGCACUCAAGUGCUGAUAAAAAUAUAUCUUUUCUUUUCUUCACCAAAUGAGCCAAUCCUUAUCUCUCCUUCAGUUGUAAACAAACAAUCAAACUAACAAGAAGAUUACGCAUGAAACAAAAAGACCUCUUAACUUCCAAAAAUGCCACCAUAACAACAACAGGCAAGAUUUGUGAUACGGUAGUGGGGGGGGGGGGGGGGGGGCAACACAUAUCCUCCCUGAGGAAAAAAAAACAAAAAAAAAAAAAAAAAAAAAAUAAACAAAAAAAAAAAAAAGCGAUGAAACACAAAACAACCGCAAGAACAAACGGAGGGAGAAGUGUGGGGGGGGGGGGGGGGGGGGGGGGGGAGCCACACCCUGAGAUGAGGGGGGGGCGGUCUCAAAAGUUUGGUCUAAAAAAAAGGGGGGGCCCGGGCCCCUCCCCUGGAUCAGCCACUGAUAAGAUCACACAUUGCUGUGCCUUUAUACAGGGUAAUAGCAAUGACGUUACCUUGUGAAUACGACCAGAUAUAUCUCCUGACCACCAUGGGUGUUUAUGUGGACACUAAUUUUUGGUCAUUAACCAUAACUUACAUAUAGGCUCAGUGGCAGAAAAAAUGGUGGGAAUAAUAAUGUAAGUAGAAAAUGAGAUGCAUUUAUAAUUUUGUCUUUUCUACAGUUGCCAAAAUAUAAGAAUCAGAAGGUUGGGACUUGCGUGUGUUGGUUGGCUGUUUCUUGCGGUGCUUUUCUGGCUGAACGACCGACUCUUCUGUGAGAUAUGGCGGUCUGUAUCCUUCCCGUAUCUUCACUGUGCUUGGCAUAUACUGAUUUUCGUUGCAAGCUAUACCGGUUGUGUUUUGGGAUCGUAUUUCUAUGCCGUCACCGAGUAUCCACACCUGCGACCGGUCCUUUCUUUCUGGCCUUACUGGUCCUCUGGCUGGGGAGUGCCAUAUAUUUCCUUGAAGGCUGCACCCAAGGAAAGAGUCUUCUGUUAA